AAACCCCAAUCUGUGAGUGUUCCUCAUUGCCACUCUCCAGGUCCCCAAUUCUUUGUACCGCGCAGGUCGCCCUCGACAACGUUCACUUCAUAAGACCAAAGAACGAAGCCUGGAAGAAUGUCAGGAUUUAUCACCACAAUUAACCCUCGCACACGAGCGCCGUUUAAACCACAGAAAUCGGGUCGAGGAACGAGCAGCUGGCAACUUAAACAGUAUGCCGAAGCCACGUUAGGGAGCGGAAGUUUGCGCAAGGCUGUGAAGCUUCCUGAAGGGGAAGACAAGGACGAAUGGCUAGCAGUGAACAUUGUGGACUUCUACAACCAGAUCAACCUGCUGUAUGGUUCAAUAACAGAGUUUUGCUCACCGCAAACAUGCCCUGAAAUGAAAGCGACCGACGAGUUUGAAUAUCUAUGGCAAGACAGUGAGAACUUCAAGAAGCCCACCAAGAUGCCCGCUCCAGAGUACAUCGAGCACCUCAUGGCAUGGGUCCAGAGCAAUAUCGACAACGAGCAAAUGUUCCCUAGCAGGAUCGGCGUUCCCUUCCCCAAGACCUUCCCAGCCCUGCUUCGCAACAUCUUCAAACGCCUCUACCGUGUGUACGCGCACAUUUACUGCCACCACUACCCCGUCAUCAUCGAGCUCGGCCUCGAACCCCACUUGAACACCAGCUUCAAGCACUACGUUUUGUUCAUUGACGAGCACGGCCUGGCUAGUGGUAGCAAGGAUUUCUGGGGUCCUCUGGGCGACCUCGUUGAGAGCAUGCUACGGAGUGAUUGAUCGAUCGAUAGAAAGCCAUGGAGAUUAAGUAUAAGUCCAUUACCAAGUCUGAUCAAUAGGCACAGGGAUGGAAAGAUCCCCCACAAUUGGUCAUCCUUCAUCGAUGAGGGCUCAUUUUCUACAUGAUCGUGGUGGUGGCGUUUAUAUUGUUGCUUCUCAACCCCACCUAAUCAAGGUUUGGGGCAUGCAUGUUCCGAUUGGGAGCUUAUUCUGUUUCUUCUCCUUUUUUUUCUCUCCCUUUCCGUACGUUUACGACAUAUGUAUUAAUGAACAUGACCCCUGAACAUGAAAUUCGAAC